GUCAGACAUUUGCUUUUGUGUGUCUCUCGGAUUUUCAUUUCUACCUCUUUGUUCUUCUCUGAAUCUUUCUUUCUUUCUCCAUCUUGUAAAUUACGGAGGCAAUUUAAUCUUAAUGGGAUUCACAGGGCUGGCAAUGUAAUUCUGGGCGGGCUGUUUGAAGUCCACUACAGCUCUGUCUUUCCAGAGCUGACAUUCACCUCAGAGCCACAUCAGCCCAGCUGCCGAGGCUUUGACCCUCCAGGGUUCAGACAUGCCAUGACCAUGGCCUUUGCUAUUGAUGAGAUCAACAAAAACUCCACUCUGCUACCUAAUGUGACUCUGGGAUACAGUCUUUAUGACAACUGUGCUACACUUGGUAUUGGGUUCAGUGCUGCAUUAUCAUUGGCUAGUGGUCGAGAGGAGCAGUUUCUGCCUCAGGAGAACUGUUUAGGGAGCCCUCCAGUCCUGGGGAUCGUGGGUGAUCCCUUCUCAACAUUUUCUAUUGCCACCUCCAAUGUUCUGGGCUUAUUCAAACUUCCUAUUGUGAGUUAUUUUGCCACAUGUUCGUGCCUGAGUGAUCGGCAAAGGUUUCCAUCCUUCUUCAGAACAAUCCCAAGUGAUGCUUUCCAGGUGCGUGCUAUGAUUCAGAUUCUAAAACGCUUUGGCUGGACUUGGGCAGGUCUUCUGGUCAGUGAUGAUGAUUAUGGACACCAUGUUUCCAGAUCCUUCCAAUCUGACUUGGCUCAGUCUGGUGGAGGUUGUCUGGCCUACUCAGAGAUUUUGCCUUGGGGCACUGAUCCGAAUGAAUAUAAGAGGAUUGUGGAUGUGAUGACAAAAUCAACAGCUCGUGUGGUCAUUGUGUUUGCACAUCAGAUGCACAUGAUUCAACUCAUGGAAGAGGUUGUGAGGAAGAAUGUUACGGGCCUGCAGUGGAUUGCCAGUGAAGCCUGGACAUUAGUUGAUGGACUUCAUACUCCUGCUUUCAUGCCAUAUUUGGGUGGCACACUUGGCAUUGCUAUCCGUCGUGGAAAGAUACCAGGGCUCAGGGAGUUCCUAUUGAGAAUUAAUCCUGAACAACAUCACAGCAAUGACUAUGAAAAUAGCAUGGUAAGACAGUUUUGGGAAUACACUUUUCAUUGUAGAUUUGCUCCACCUCCAGCAGAUUGGGUGGAGGCUGAUGGAGCACUAUGCACUGGACAGGAAGAUCUAGAGAAUGUGGAGACUGAGUUCUUGGAUGUGUCAGAGCUCAGGCCAGAGUACAACAUUUACAAGGCUGUGUAUGCUCUGGCAUACGCCCUUGAUGACAUGCUGCGCUGUGAGCCAGGGCGAGGGCCUUUCAGCAGCCACAGCUGUGCCACUUUGCAAACACUGGAGCCAUGGCAGCUUAUGUAUUACUUGGAAAAGGUCAACUUCACCACACCAUUUGGUGAUCAAGUGUCAUUUGAUGAGAAUGGUGAUGCCUUACCAAUAUAUGAUAUCAUGAAUUGGCUGUGGCUCUCUGAUGGAAGGACAAAGGUUCAAAGUGUGGGUGAAGUUAAGAAGUCUCCCUUCAAAGGUGAAGAACUCACACUUCAUAAAGACAAAAUCUUCUGGAACUUUGAAAACAAAGAGCCACCAAAGUCAGUUUGCAGUGAAACCUGCCCCCCAGGUACCCGUAUGGCAAGGAAAAGGGGACAACCUGUGUGCUGUUUUGACUGCAUCCCUUGUUCUGAGGGAAAGAUCAGCAACAAAACUGACUCCAUGGAGUGCACAAGUUGUCCAGAGGAUUUCUGGUCCAGCCCCCAGCGUGACCACUGUGUCCUGAAGAAAACAGAGUUCCUCUCCUACCAUGAGCCUCUGGGUAUUUGUUUGACAACAACUUCAUUGCUGGGCACAUUUAUCUGUGCUGUUGUUCUGGGCAUCUUCAUCUAUCAUCGCAGCACACCCAUGGUGCGUGCCAACAAUUCAGAACUCAGUUUCCUGCUUUUGGUGUCACUUAAACUAUGUUUCCUGUGUUCACUGCUGUUUAUCGGCCGACCCAGACUAUGGACAUGCCAGCUGAGACAUGCAGCUUUUGGCAUCAGCUUUGUGCUUUGUGUUUCAUGCAUCCUGGUGAAAACCAUGGUGGUUCUGGCUGUGUUCAAGGCCUCCAAACCAGGAGGUGGAGCCAAACUUAAGUGGUUUGGUGCUGUGCAGCAGAGAGGGACAGUUCUGGUGCUGACAUGCAUUCAGGCAGCGAUCUGCACUUGUUGGAUUGUUUCUGCCUCACCAGCACCUCAUAAAAAUACCGAAUACCACAAUGACAAGAUAGUUUAUGAGUGUGUAGUUGGCUCCACAGUUGGUUUUGCAGUGUUACUGGGCUAUAUAGGGUUACUGGCUAUCCUCAGCUUCCUGUUAGCUUUCCUGGCAAGGAAUCUUCCAGACAACUUCAAUGAGGCCAAAUUCAUCACUUUCAGCAUGCUGAUCUUCUGUGCUGUGUGGGUGGCCUUUGUCCCUGCUUAUGUCAAUUCCCCAGGCAAAUAUGCAGAUGCAGUAGAGGUAUUUGCCAUCCUGGCCUCCAGUUUUGGCCUCUUGGUGGCGCUGUUUGGACCCAAAUGCUACAUAAUCCUGCUAAGACCAGAGAGAAACACUAAGAAAGCUAUCAUGGGUCGAGGAAACACAAAGUCAUAA